GAUCCAUCUCGCGUUCAGAGCUCUUCAAUCGGCGGCUUUGCUCGAGAUCUGGAUUCGGACUGCCGAUAUGGUAUUCCGAUCGCGCUUCGGAUCCUUUCAUUCUUACCGUCGUCCUCCUGCGUAAAAGCAAGGGGAAAAGAGUGAGAGUUACUGGUAUUGACAGAGAAUGUCUGGCAAAUAAUGUAUCAGAUGGUAUUCCCAAAACUUCAGAGUAUGCGUACUUUAAAAAGGUGAAGGAGUCUAUGAUCCAGCAUAAUCAUCAUUUUCGGGAUACAGAAUGUGAUCAGGAAUUGAAUGAUGCUGGGAGUUAUGAAAAUGCCCGACAUAAAUUGAAAGAAAAAAUGAAGGCACCUUAUACUAAUGAUUCUGUUCGUGGUAUGUUAUCCUUUCUAGUUGUAACUAAGGUCUAAGCCAGUAUAUUCUUCCAUCUUCACUUCAUUCGCGAUAUGUAAAGUAUCCAGGAAGAGCAUUUGUAUUGAUCAUUUUAAAACCUAACAUUGUUGGUUCUUUUAUACUCCGGCUGGUAUAUAAUUUAAAAGAGGCUUUGAGAAAAUCCAACACGUUGAAUUGUGAUGUCAAAGAUAAGUUUUCAGCUCUACCAGAAAAAGUAAGCCUUAAUAACCGGUGCAUGUUUGUCUCGCCUGAAGUAGGGAGAUGCAAGAGCCCUGGUGAGGCAUGUCCAGUAGGCUCAAAUUACUCUCCCUUUUUGCAUCAUAAAACUGUAGACAAAGUUUUGCAUUUAUCACCUCAAUCAGCUCCAUCAAAGCAUUCAGGCAGAUAAUACUUGGAGAGAUAUUUUUUCUGCAAAGAGACAGAAGUUACGCCGGUGGGCAGAAAUGUCUUUUGCUGGCACAGAAAACUUGACUUCCAAGGGGUGUGACAUGUUGCCUCUGCUCCUUAGUCGUCUUUCCCCCAAUGGCAACGAGAACAAACGUUCAAGGACCACAUUCAAUACUGGCUGCUCACCUGUUCUUCCAGAGUUGGAUCUCUCUGAGAUGAGGCAUGAUCACAGUAACAAAAGAGAGUUAACCACAUCAGAGUUUGAAUUAUUCCAGAGUAGGGAACUUUCAAGGUGGUUUGGCGCAACAAGAGACAUGUUGGAUUGGCCUGAUUUUGCUUCAUAUAAUUAUUUUUCCAAAUUUGAUGCAAAAACUAUUCCACACAGUGAAGUAGUUGAUCAUUGUCAAGCUUCGUAUCGUGUCAAAGAUACAAGCUUGUUGAAACAGAUUGGUUCACCCGUGCACUUAAAUUAUGAAGGGUAUGGCUAUAGUGAUUGGUAUUAUCAUCAUGAAGAACCAGAAAAGUUCUGUUUGCGGGAUGAAUCUCCAAGAAGAGAAGCAGAAACCUUAUUGCUGGAUUGGGAUUUCGACAAGGAGAAAGAUGAACCUGAAACAGCAAUAAUUACUGCUAGCAGCUCUGAGCACAUAACACAUUCACAAGUUGUAACACCAUCCUUACUUCCCGAUCAUUCUCUACAUGUUUGCGCCUUACCAUUCCAUCUGACUACUCUGCCAAGGGAACUAAAUUCUUCUCCCUCUUCCUCGCUGUACAAUGAAGAUCAUGGCAACGGCGUUUCCUAUUUUCUAGACGAUCUUCAGUAUACCCCAGACAAGUGUUUCGGUGAGAAGCGUAACCUAGAUUAUGAUGCAUUCUUAUUACCUGUUGUGCUGAAUGUUUCGGAAUGGAACAUCUUAACUGCAACUGGUUUCCCUUGGCAUGAGCAUUUUUCUCAACAUUGUUAUAGAAGUAGAUAUGGUACUGAACCAGAGAAAGCAUGGAACAUGGGGUGUUUGAAUUCAAGACGAAUCGAUUUUCAAGAAGCAUCUGAAUCCCAUGAGCUGCCCUCUUGUAACUUUCAAACAUCAUUUGACGGAAAGAUUGGACAUCCUUUGUUGCUUGAAGACUCGACUGGGGCAAAAUCAGACAACGAACCAUUCAUCGGAGAGUUCGGAUGAAUGGAAAAGUAGCUGAACAUCCAGGUACAGAGUACUUGAAUUUUAAGUUGUUGCAUCCUCUGGAUAUGUUCUUGCACAAGUUUAGAUGAAUGAGGAAGAGUCCAAAUAACUCUGCAGGCAACUGCUCCAGACAAGUUUGUCGGGCAGUAGAACUAACUAGCGAAAUGAAGUUUAGCCCGAAGCACCCCGUGGCGGACCCAGGAUUACAAAGGAAUGG